AUGGCUAACGAACGAAUCGCGAACGGGUAUACCCUUGUAGACUCGGACCGCGAUGUACACGAACAUGAGUUCGACCUGGACGUGCACCUCGCCUCGCUCGCGGAGAAGAGACGGCUAUGGUGGCGGAACGCACUCAUCAAUACGUUCUUCAUAGCUUCUUGGUUUGUAUUUGCCACUGUGCUGUCGGUGUAUAACAAAUGGAUGUUCGCGCCGGAACACUUUGGCUUUCCCUCGCCGCUCUUUGUCACCACACUUCAUAUGAUGGUCCAGUUCCUCCUCGCGACACUCUUGAGGCUUGUGUGGCCGCGACGUUUCCGUCCAGAACUUAGUCCUUCUAAACUAGAUUAUCUGCGCAAAGCUGUACCGACAGGCAUUACUACAUCACUAGAUAUCGGACUCUCUAAUCUCUCUCUGAAAAUGAUCACGCUCUCCUUCUAUACCAUGUGCAAGUCAUCGUCUCUAAUAUUUGUGCUACUCUUCGCGUUCCUCUUUCGCCUUGAGAGGUUUUCCUUCAUCCUCGUCGGCGUCAUUGCCCUCAUAUGCGUCGGCGUGCUACUAAUGGUCGCCACCGAGACGCACUUUGUCCUCCCGGGGUUCAUCCUGAUCAUGAGUGCGAGCGCACUGGGUGGGUUCCGCUGGAGCCUCACGCAGCUGCUUUUGCGGAGCAAGAACAUGGGUUUUGACAGCCCCGUAGCGACGUUGUUUUGGCUCGCACCGAUCAUGGCGGUGACACUGGGCUCACUGACGCUCAUCGUCGACGGGUGGUCGAAAAUAUUCAGCAACCACUUUUUCAGCGGCGGAUCGGAGACGUUGCGGACGUGCUUCUUCCUGAUCUCGCCCGGCGUGGUGGCGUUCUGCAUGGUGCUGAGCGAAUUCUACAUCCUGCAGCGAGCGGGCGUGGUGCCGAUGUCGAUCGCGGGCAUAGCAAAGGAAGUGACGACCAUCACGAUCUCGGCGUGGGUCUUCGGAGACGAGCUCACACCGCUGAACAUCACUGGAGUUGCGGUUACGGCGUGCGGUAUCGCGCUUUAUACGUACCACAAGUACCGCAAGUCCAUGGACGCGAGCGUCCCGCUCGAUGCUCAUGGGAACCCGGUCGAGGACGUCGGCGAGGAUUGCCGUCGCCCAGGCGAACUGGAGAACGGGCACAUCAAUCUCGAAGAGACGCUGCGACUCGCGGUGACGGCGGAGUCAAGGGCGAGUCUGAGCGACGAUUCGCACCCGGAACACGCCGCACGGACAAGUGCGCCGGAGCUGCUAUUUGACGUCGGGAGCGAGGAUGAUGAAUCCCACAGUCCCGCCGAAAACACCAGCCGCCGUAGUGAUCCCUCGCAGCCGCCGUCGUACGUUCCGGACGCUUCCCAGGAUAUGGAGAACGUGUGGGGCAAGUAG